ACGGAGAACGUGACAGUAACCACAGUUGUGAAGGGGAGAGCACAAUCGAUAAGCUUACUUUGGCAUGGCGCAGAGGUGGUGCACCUGGUAAAUGUCUACGCGCCGAGCACGCAAACUGAUCAACCGGAAUUCUGGGAAGAGUUCGCUCGCUCCUUCGAGGCUAACGAACUCCCGCAACCGCAUUUCAUGCUUGGAGACUUUAAUGUGGUAGAGGCCGACAUCGAUCGCCUUCCAGCGCGGAUGGACGAUACGAGAGCGGCCGCGGCCCUGUAUGGGGUCAAAAUGGAUCUCGGAUUGCAAGAUACAUGGAGACAAACCUUUGAGACGCGCCGGGAGUUCACUUUCUUCUCGACGCAACAAUCCGCGUCACGGAUCGACCGGAUAUACGCAAACGAAACAGCGGCGGAGGCGAUCUUCGGAUGGAAGAUGUGCCGCACCAUAGUGGGGACUGACCACUGUAUGGUAUCUGUGAAAUAUGCGCCGACCUCGGCCCCGCUCAUAGGAAAGGGCAGAUGGACGUUGGGGCAUGCAAGCCUCUCCGAUGUCGCGCUAUUCAGCGCAAUAGCCGACAGGGGAAAGGAAGUCCAGCGGGCGAUGGAGUCCCUACGAGAGAGUGGGGAUCAGCGCGGAAACCACAACGUACAAACGGUGUGGGAGGAUUUUAAACGAUGGCUAAGGGAAACAGCGAGGAAGAAGGAGAAGGCAAACAUAGGGAAAGUGAAAUCGGCAGUAAACACGCUUGAUAAAGCGCUACGGAAACUUGGUGACGACCCGCGGCUCGACGCGAACCCGGACGGCGCCGCACAGGCAGCCCUCCUG